AUGACAAUGUCAAUACAAGAAAAAGAUCAUUACAAAUUACAAAGACCAUUCAGACUUAGACGAUCCUUAAGAGAACUUGUGCAUAAACCAACUAGUCAACAGUCACUGAAACUACCACCUUUACCUCCAUAUGAUCCUGAUAAAGAAGAAUAUGCAUAUGAUGUAUUAUAUGAAUGUCAGAGAGGUUCAUUGACUGUAGGCUAUAGCUCAAAAACUUUACUUCAAUUCGAUCCAAAUCCUUGGUGUGAUGCCGAUAUGAAGUUUACCCCCAUGAAUAUUGAUAAUUAUCAGUUACCAGAUCCUACUUGGCAAUGGGUAAGCAAACAUUGGAUGAUUGAUAUGACAGGUGACGUAGAUGAAGCAGGAUGGCAAUAUGCAUUAAAAUUUCAUGGAGCAGAUUGGCAUGGUAAUUAUAAGCACUUGCGAUCCUUUGUGAGAAGAAGGAGAUGGAUAAGGUUAAGAUAUAGAACCUUAAAAAAUGAUACAAUGAUAAAGAAUGAAGUAAAAACAAGUGUAUUGGUUGAUGUUGAUGAUAACAGCAUACCAGAGUCAUCUUCAUUUAGUCAUCAGCACUUUACAAAACAGCUACAGACAUGUCGCUUGGACAGAGAAAGAAUGUCUCUUUUCACAAAAGCCAUUCAAUCUGGUAACCAAGAUAGAUUGCUCGAAAAGGUAUAG